AUGUUGACUACUACACCAGUGUUGGCGUUACCCGAGCCAGGGAAGCCUUACAUGGUGUAUACAGAUGCUUCAGGCAUUGGUCUUGGUUGUGUGCUGAUGCAGGAGGGCAGAGUGAUAGCAUAUGCUUCGAGACAGUGGCAGGGCAGUGAGCGUAACCGUCCUACACAUGACUUAGAGUUGGGAGCAGUGAUCUUCGCGUUGAAGAUUUGGAGGUCUUACUUGCUAGGUGAGACAGUACAGGUCUUCACGGAUCACAAGAGUUUGCAGCAUAUCUUCACUCAGCCGAUGAUGAACGCGAGACAGACGCGCUGGGUUGAGUUCUUGGCGGAUUAUCAGGUGAGCAUUAACUACCAUCCGGGCAAGGCUAACCUAGUGGCGGACGCGUUGAGUAGACGGAGGUAUGAUUCCGCAGUUGAGCGAGAUGUGGAGUCUCUAGUUGGCGAGAUCAGUACCUUGCGUUUGUGUGCCAUUUCGCAGGAGCCUUUGGGUUUAGAGGCGGUGGAUCAGGCGGAUCUACUUAGCAGGAUCAGAGUUGCUCAGCAGAGUGAUCAGAGUUUGCUGGAUGCGACUAGAGUGACUGGUUCUGAGUAUGAGGUCUCUGCGAAUGGGACUAUCUUGGUUCGUGGGCGAGUUUGUGUGCCUAAGGAUGUGGAGUUGAGACAUCAGAUUUUGGGAGAGGCUCAUGCGAGCAAGUUUUCCAUUCAUCCGGGAGCGACCAAGAUGUACCAUGACCUCAAGAGGUACUAUCAUUGGGUCGGGAUGAAGAGGGAUGUAGCAGACUGGGUUGCGAAGUGCAACACUUGUGCCUUGGUGAAGGCAGAGCAUCAGGUUCCGGGUGGUCUUUUGCAGAGUUUACCCAUUCCAGAGUGGAAGUGGGACAGGAUUACGAUGGAUUUCGUGGUUGGACUACCUGUUUCGAGGACUUUCGAUGCUAUCUGGGUGAUUGUGGAUCGGUUGACUAAGUCUGCACAUUUCUUGGCCAUCAAGAAGACAGAUGGAGCUGCUGUCUUGGCUAGGAAGUUUGUGCGAGAGAUUGUGAGGCUGCAUGGAGUGCCAGCUAGUAUUGUGUCAGACCGUGAUCCCAGAUUCACUUCAGAGUUUUGGAGGGCGUUUCAGGCAGAGAUGGGCACUAAGGUGCAUCUGAGUACAGCUUAUCAUCCGCAGACAGAUGGUCAGUCAGAGAGGACUAUUCAGACUUUGGAGGAUUUGCUGAGGAUGUGUGUGUUGGAUUGGGGUGGCCAUUGGGCAGAUCACCUGAGCUUAGUUGAGUUUGCAUACAACAACAGCUUUCAGGCGAGUAUUGGCAUGGCUCCAUUUGAGGCUUUGUAUGGGAGGCCAUGUAGGACACCCCUAUGCUGGACCCAAGUGGGGGAGCGCAGCAUGUAUGGAGCUACUUAUGUUCAGGAGACGACAGAGAAGGUUCGUGUUGUGAGGCUGAACAUGAAGGAGGCUCAGGAUAGGCAGAAGAGUUAUGCAGAUAGACGCAGACGAGAGCUUGAGUUUCAGGUGGGAGAUAGAGUUUAUCUCAAGAUGGCUAUGUUGAGGGGUCCUAACAGAUCCAUAGCAGAGAACAAGCUGAGUCCGCGUUUUAUGGGUCCGUUUCCAGUAGUGGAGCGAGUUGGGCCAUUGGCUUACAGGCUGGAGUUGCCUGAGAUUAUGAAAGCCUUUCACAAGGUUUUUCAUGUGUCGAUGCUGAGGAAGUGUCUUCACCCUACAGAGGAGUUAGUGGCUAGGAUUCCAGAGGAUCUUCAGCCAGAUUUGACAGUGCCGGCAGUGCCUGUGAGGAUUUUAGAGAGGAGGGAAAAGGUUCUGAGGAACAAGAGGAUUCCCUUACUGAGGAUUUUGUGGGAUUGCAGUGGUUCUACAGAGGAGACUUGGGAGCCAGAGGCAAAGAUGAAGUUGAAGUUCAGGAAGUGGUUCGACAAGCAGGUCGAGGAGUGA